UCUGUCAUCGUCCAUCAAUGAUCCGAGACCUUUGCUCCUGUGAGGAGUAUCCCAGCUGACUCUGGUCUGUGUGAUUGCUGCUGACGGCUCAGAGUCCACUGAACUGAGACCAUUUAACCUCAGUGUUUGUGAGGCAGACGGAGGAGAGAGGUGCUGUGGACAAACACGUCACAGAGCAGAGUUUUAAAAUAGUUUCAUGCUGAAGCAUCAUGGCUCAAUCUGAUUACAGAGAGGAGAACCUUAGCUCUUCGAGCAGUAGCAUCAUCGCUAAUCUACAUUCCUACUUUGGAAAUAUUCAUGUACCGACCACGCAUACGAGAGAGCAGCUUUCAGCAGAGUUCCCCACUUUGGAGACGGAUGGUGCACAGGACAGUGGAGCUCUUGAUGAGAGCGACGACUCCCUGCAGCAGCAUGAAGACAACAGCUCUGCCAUAGACAUAUCGUCUGCCUUGAGGUCGGUGGCUUUAAAGGGCACAUGGAAUUUGGCAAAAAUGCUCUCAGUGCCCAAGCUGCUCUCUGUUCUCAUAGUUGAUGACGAAGAUCAGGAUACAAAUGCAGCCGGGGAGGGAGAGCCAGUAGAGGAGGAAGAGUGGAGCGUGUCGUUCCAGUCAAAGUACAUCCAGUUUUUCCCUCUGUAUCAGGACUACUGUCUGCAGGCGGUGAAGAAUGAUCUGCACAGUCUCGACAGGAGUUUUCUGUCUGAACUGAUAACGCCGCUGUAUCUGCAGGGUCUGCAGUUCCGUCUCGGCCCUAGUUCUCAUUCUGAGACCAUAUCUCCACAGUCGCACCCUGCUGAAGCGACGCCAUCCUCGCCUUCAGCUCACCCCAUCAGGGUGACUCCAUGCACCCUUUGGCAAGAUCUAGAUGAGGUGAAGGAGUCUGGCCUGCUCUGCAGUUUGACUGCCAGAGAGAUUCGCCUUCAGGAGUCCAUGUUUGAGUUGAUUGGUUCUGAAGCGUCCUACUUGAGGAGCCUUGGAGUCGUAGUCAAUCAUUUCCAAGCAUCGAAGGCACUGAAGCAGACCCUGUCGCCGAUGGAGCAUCACUUUUUGUUUUCCAACAUUCGUCGCGUCAUGGCAGCCAGUGAAAAGUUCCUCAUGGAUCUGGAGACGCGACUGGGAGAGAGCGUGUUCGUCUCUCAGGUUGGAGACAUUGUGCUCCAGCAUAGUUCCGAGUUUCACAAGCUCUAUGUGCCCUAUGUGACAAACAUCAUGUAUCAGAAGGACCUGGUCAACAAGCUGCUGCAGCAGAACAGAGACUUUGUGAUUUCACUCAAGAAGCUCGAGAGUGACCCGGUUUGUCAAAAACAGGAUCUCAAGUCCUUCCUUGUCCUUCCCUUCCAGAGGAUUACUCGUUUUAAACUUCUGCUGGAGAGCAUCCUGAAACUGACUGAACCAGACUCGGAAUCAAUUUCAAAUCUUGAAAAAGCAAUAGAAGUCAUUCAUGAGAUUGUGACCGACUGUGACAAGGGAGUUCAAAAAAUGAAACAAAUUGAGGAGCUGGUCUGCCUGGAAACGCUGCUGGAUUUUGACAAAGUGAAGGCAGUUCCUCUGGUUGUGAGUGGGCGGUUUCUGGUGCACCAGGGUCCCAUGAGACAGCUGACUGUGGAGGGGACUUACAACUCCAGAACAUCAUUCAUCAGCGUCUACUUCCACCUCUUCAAUGACCUCCUGAUCAUCUCCUCCAAAAAGGAUCAGCGGUUCAUAGUUCUGGAUCACACCGAGUUCCCUGCACAUGUGCGUGUUGAGCACCUGAAGACCCAAGUCCUGAAUUUACCUUCAGACUCCAUCCUGCUGCAUCUGUCCCAAAGUCAAGUAGGACAUCCCACUGCCAUGAUAUUUGUCACAUACACAAGGUCAGAUAAAGAGGCCUGGAUGAAGUUGCUGUCACGUGAACGGUGCAUGACAAUUUAGAUUUUUAGCCGUCAAACUUUGGUUGUUUUAAAUUGCACGUUAAUAACUUUUCGAUAACUAACUUUAAUGUUCACCCUUGAGAUUGAUUGGAAUUUGACUGCACUUCAAAAUGUUCAAACUCACAUGACAACAUAAGACAUAACACAAGAGAAUUCUAACAAGCACAAAUUCACAUUAGCAGACACAUGGAGUAAGGGAAUCAUUUUUUUUACUUGUAUUUAACACUGGCAUCUUAAGCAAUGUUCUGUUUUCUAAUUAUUAAUAUGUUCUGACCUUAUUACAUCGACUUAAAGCACAAAUGUCUAAACCAAACACUGAUCUUCAAUGUGAAAUAUGAUUUCAUAUUUAGCACAAACUUAAAUUAACAUUCAGUCUGAGAACUUUUAUGAUAUUGAUGAUUGACUGAUGUAGUAUAUUGUUUAAAAUGUAUAACCUGGUUAAAGAUAAUAGAUGUCUUAUAUUUGACUGUACAGCGGAGGAAGGGGACCACAAAAAUAAUGUAAAGUCGACAUGACUAAACAAGAGGCACUUGGUGUUUAUUUCUUUCAACAAAACAACUAAUAAAUACUGAAUCUGGA